UUGAAGCUCUGGUGGCUGAUACUAUAGUCUUGCCUUGGAAGAGCGAGCUAGUGUGCUUUCGCAGCUAGUGUUAUACUUCCAGCGUUUAUUAUUGUUGUUCAGAACACAAUAAUAUCUGUGCUUUUCCUGAACAUUUUUUAUUUUUAUUUUUUCUAUUUGGUGGAUUUAUUUAACAUCUGGUGAUGAGCCGGAGGGAACUACGGCGGCUCCAGGAGGACCAGCGAACAUGGAGCCGUCAAGGAGAUCAUGAUGAGUCAUCCCAGACCGUGUUUGAGGAGAGGCUGCGGUCUGAGCGACGCAGAGGUAUAAGAAGAUCUCGUCCGAACACCCAGGAACAUCCAUCGAGCGGAGAAACAUCUCCACGGCUACAGAGACCUCGGAGGGAGCACAGACACCGAAGCCGCUCUCCGCUUCAUACUCCUCCGGUAGCAACAACGGACAGACCAAGCUCAGAUCCUUGCCCUGGUCCAAGCUCCCAGCAACCAGCUGAGAACGAGCAGAAUCUUCCAGCCAUGGUGAUUGAGAUCAACGGGCAGAAUCUCCCGGCCAUGAUGAUCGAGAUUGACGAGCAGAAUCUCCUGGCCAUGGUGGAAGAGAUCUACGGAUUCCAAAUUACCACCAUUGCAGAGGAUGAAGCAGCACAAUCGUGUGCUAUCUGUCUGAUGGAGUACGAAGAAGGGGAGCCAGUGAUUGUCCUGUCCUGCAGCCACAGGUAUCAUCCAAGCUGCAUCUCACAGUGGUUUGCAACAAAUCUCAGCUGUCCUGUUUGCCGCAGAGAGUGCAUCCUGAGGCCGGUCGUGUGCCUGAUCCGCUGAAUACAGCAGGAAAAGGGAACAUCUAAAUCCCCAUCUUCUCUCCAUUCCAUACCAUCUCCGCCAUUCUGUCCAGUUCCAGCAGCCGACUACUAUAUCUCCUGUACUCCUACCACCCUCCUGCGGCCUAGGCUGGACAUAUCCUCAGAUUCCAUCACCACACUGGGCCUGAUUUAGGUCUCGACGCUGUAGCGGAACAUGCAGUCAAGUACUGAUGUUUGGUACCUUGCACAUGUGCCGGACCCAUGCAUGUGCAGUACAGGUCUAUGGCGUUGGUCAUAAUACGGUAUUAGAUUAUCAGUGAUUGAUGGUCUGAUGCUGUUUGAGGACGGGGAGCGGGCGGUAACAGCCUCAGUUUCUCUAAAUGGAUUUGUGUUGCCACCGUUGUUGGGGAGGGAUGGGGAUAAGAGCUCCGUCUGAGGUUGGAGAUUUUCUGGCUCCUUCAUAGUAGAUGAGGUGGCUGACUUGCGUGACUCCUUGGGUCACUCGGCCUGCUUCCAUGUAAGCAGCGCGGUAGCUCCUCCGUCCACAUAUGAAUUAGGCCCACUGUGCGCCUACCGGCCAGUGGCCAUCUUAUGUGUGGCACUGGGGGAAUCCUAUGCAUACCCCACAGCCAUCCUACUUUGGACAGGAUAGUCCCACUUUUCGGGAACUGUAUGGCUGUCCCAUCCAUGGGGCACACUGUUACGGGGUGGUGGGGAAUUAGGGGGAGCUCUCUCACCCCUGCUCUGUAUAGCAUAGAUGCCAUGCACACAGAAUUCACCAGGGCCUGAUUCAGAGAUGGAUGCAGAUCAUACAGUAGCUGUGUCUAUGAAGGCAGCUGCUGAAUGAAAAUAUACUAAUGGCAAAAGAGGCAUCUUGUACAAACAGACAUCGCAUAAUGGCUUCUCUGAUCUGGUGCUGUUUUAAGCAUUGUACCAUCUGCAUGAACAUCGGUCAUCUGAGUAACCCUCAGGCCUCUUCACGCCAAAAAAAUGGGUCCAACAUCAGUGGCAGAACUUGAGAGUGGUGGGCCCAUGUGCAAAAAUAUGCUCUGGGCCCCCCUCCUCCGCCCUAUGGGAGAUGCAGUUGGUGACAGCGGAGAGAGGCUCUGGGUGACGGAAAGAGGUAGAGGGAGACAUUGGAAAUCAAAGGGUGAUGGGGAAGGCAGAGGGUGAUGGGGAGAAGCAUAGGGUGACAAAGGAAUGCAGAGGGAGACAAGGAGAGGUAGAUGGUGAUGGAGAGGCGGUGGGUUGGUUAUAGCAAAAGGCAGAGGGUGACAGGGAGAAAUUGACAUGGAGAGGGUGACAGGGAGGUAGUGGGUGAGAAGGAGACAGUUGGUAAGAGGGAGAUGGUGAGAGACAGGGAGAGGG